AUGUCAACUUAGUAUAGAAUACCAUCUAACGAUAAUUAUAUCAGAGACUUAGAAAACAUUUCUUAAAGGUAUCUUUGUUUUUAUAAUAAAAAGAGAGCGUCAUGGAUUGUUUAAUUAACCUCCUCCAUUAUUAUUAGGAGAUUAAUAUAACGACGCAUUAAAAAGUAAUCAAAUACUUAUUUAUCUCUAGGCUAAGGUAAAGAAAAAGGUGUAUUAGUCAAUAAAAAAUUAUAAAAAAAACAUGAACCAGCAUUAUUUUUAGAACCUGGUUACACAACAUUAAAUGAUCCAUACAAAGAUUAAUUUAAAGCAAAAUAAAUUUAUGAUAAAGAAAGAGAAUUAGCCAUUAAAAACCCUAAUUGUUUUAAACCAAAUGAUCAUGUUAAAUCUGUGUAAAUAAUUUCAAUAAUCAAAGUAAACAUUCUGAAUUUGAACAUAUGAAAGAAUUUAAUGAUAAAGUAUUUAAUACAAGAACUCCAACUGGGGAUGUUAGAACUUAAGCAAGAAAUUUUUAAACAAAUCCUGCGAAGAAAGGAUUAGGAAGAACAACAAUUCAUAAUGUAUUUGGACAAAUUGAAUAUAUACCUGAUCCAUAUGAUAGAUAAGAAGAAUUAGAUAGAUAAGAAAGGAUUAAACAUAGAAGCAAAUUUUUACCAGGAACAACUAGAUUUAUUACGACUAGUCAUGGUUAUCGUCCUUUUACUGCUGAUGGAAUAUUACUUGAUGGAGCUGGAUAUUCAUCUGGUAAAUAUUUUAUUCAUUUAAUUAAGAAAUAAAAAGACCACUUUAUAAAGGGGCUCCAUUUAGACCAGCUAAUUAAAAUAAAAAAGGAUUUUAAGGAACUUUUGAAGUGUUAUAAUAUAUGGAAGAAGGUGCGCCAAUACCUAAAACUAAAUAAAAUACAUUCUAAAAAUUAAGUGCUACUUAAACAUAUGAAAAACCUUGGAGACCUAAUUCAAACGGAACAUUUGCUCGUCCAUGUCCUAGUGUUUCUCAAUAAGUUAGAAAUAGAAGUGUAGGAUCAAAUUAAAAAGUGUGAAGAAAUAGAACACAUUGAUG